CCUAAUGAAUGGGAGAAAAUAUUUGCAAAUGAUAUGACUGAUAAGGGGUUAAUAGCCAACAUAUACAACUCAGCAUCAGAAAAACAACUAAGGAAUUCCCUCGUGGUCCACUGGCUAGGACUUGGUGCUUUCACUGCCGUGGCCCAGGUUCAACCCCUGGUCAGAGAACUAAGAUCCCACAAGCCACGUGGUGUGGCCAAAAAACAUCCCUGGAAAACAACCCAAUUAAAAAGUGGGCAGAAGCACCCGUGCGAACAUGGCGCUGCAAGCGGUGCGGAGCGUGCGGGCCGCGGUCGGCAGCCUGCGCGCCAUCUCGGCACCCAGCGCGCCCUGCUCGCUGCGGCCAUGGGGACUGCGGGCGGGUGCCGUCCGGGCACUGCGCACCGGCCCUGCUCUGCUGUCAGUGCGGAAAUUCACAGAAAAACACGAAUGGGUAACAACAGAAAACGGUGUUGGAACAGUGGGAAUCAGCAAUUUUGCACAGGAAGCUUUGGGAGAUGUUGUUUACUGUAGUCUGCCUGAAGUUGGGACAAAGUUGAACAAACAAGAGGAGUUUGGUGCUUUGGAAAGUGUGAAAGCUGCUAGUGAACUCUAUUCCCCUCUAUCAGGAGAAGUAACUGAAAUUAAUACAACCCUAGCAGAAAAUCCAGGACUUGUCAACAAGUCUUGUUAUGAAGAUGGUUGGCUGAUCAAGAUGACAUUCAGUAACCCUUCAGAACUAGAUGAACUAAUGAGUGAAGAAGCAUAUGAAAAAUACAUAAAAUCUAUUGAGGAAUGAAAAUGGAAUCCCUAAACUACUUUGAAACAACUUAAUCUAGCAUAGUUGUCUUAAAUCAGUGGUGGAUAGAUAUUUAAAAAGCAACUUUUAGCAAAAGAAACUACUUGUAACAAUGUUUCCUGAAGAAAA